CUUCUUCAUCCAAGAACUGGCUAAUGUACGCUUCGCAAUACGGACGGAAUUAUGGACUUAAAAUGCGGAUUUUCAUUAUUCCAAUGAAAUAAUUUUUUACUGUGGCAAUAGAAAUGUUACACUUCGAAAUUAAAUAGAAUUGUGUUAGAAAUUUACGUUCUAAAGAUGGCGUGGUUCGGUGGAAAUCUGAAGAAUUUGACUGAGAAUCUGACCGGCCAGUUAUCGAAUGUAGCCACAUCAGCAGCAUCAUUCACACGGGAUGUUAUCGCGGAGGGCACCGAAGAAGUGGCCGAUCAGAGCACAGAGCUUCAGAUCUCAGAAGACAAAGUGAGACGUUGUGAAACAGCCAUCGUUGCACUGAGAGCUGAGAAUGAGAGGCUUGGGAGUAUUAAUGCAGAGCUGGAAGAGAAAGCCGAGGCCUCCGAGCUUCAGAUCAACAGCAUCUCAUCACAGUAUCGAUCUGUCUUGGUGGAAAAAGAGGACCAGGUGAAUUCUUUGAUCCAGAAGCAGAAUGAUCUGCAGACCCUUCACCACAGCAUGUUAUCCACCGCCGGGGACGGUGGGGGCAUGACUGCGGCAACGUCCACAUCGUCUCUGUCGGGUUCAGCCAUCAUGGCAGACAGUCACGACUUUGAUGAUGUGAUCUGGUCUCAGCAGGAGAUCAACCGUCUCUCCAAUGAGGUGGGAAGGUUGAGAGCAGAGUGCAGUCAUUGGAAAGAGAUGGCUGCUGGCAAACAGAAUGGAGAGAAGCCUGUGUUCCAGAUUGGUGAUGAUUCUUCACAAGGGGAGAUGGCAGAACUGAAAGCUAGGAUAAAGAGCUUAGAAGAAAAGCUAAGACAUAAAGAAGACGAGUCUCAGCACGAGUUAUCGGCCAUUCAAGACUCGCACUCUCACAAGCUCAAGACUUUGACCAAGAAACACAAGACUGAUGUUGAGGAUUAUGAGAGGAAGAUUGAAAGUCUGGAGAAGAUGGUCGGGUACAGGCAGAGCUCUUCUGACGGUGUUACGGAUGAUGGCAAUGAUCUACAGAAGAGAGUCUUGGAACUAGAAGAGCUUCUGCAUGAGACCCGUCAGCAGGUUGGACAGCUGGAAGAGUCCAACUACCAGCUAGAAAAGGAGAACACCCGCUUGACCGAAUCAGAUCGGGAUAAUACCAGGCUUGUCCAAACACUCAGACGUAAGGUGGACAUCCUAGACAAAGACAGGUCAAGGCUUGAGAGAGAGGUCAAAGGGCACACGGGGUCGGCCGCUGGUGAUGGGGACGUUGUUGCCAAUUUGAAGAAAGAUAAUGAAGAGCUGAAGCUUGAAGUGGAGCACCUCAUGAAAGUUGUAAACAGACAAGAGACGGAGCUGGAGGUCCUUCUAGGGUCGCACGAACAGGUCAGGGAAGAUCUUUAUGCCACUAAACAAAGACUGCUCACGGAACUGAAUGCCUCUCAUGCAAGCACCAGUGCAAUGCUAGAUGACAUUCAUAAUGCUGGGAGGAAGUUCUCAACCGAGGAAGCUCUGAGAAGAUCCAAGCUACUCAAAGAGAAACAACAGAUUGUUGAUAAGAUGAUAACAGCUGGACAAAAGAUGUCCGAGAGUAAGAAUACAGUCGCUACCUUAGAAGCAGCCACAUUGGAUAUCAGUGACCAGGCAGCCGAGAUCGUAUCCGAGAUCGGAUGCAGCCAACAUCAGGAGAUCACAGCUGACUUUGUUAGUAGUUUGGAGAAGGAGAAUGAUCUUCUAAAACAUCAUGUCUCUAGACUACAGAAUGAGAUUGAUGAGUUGAACCAAUCCUGUGAGACGCUAGCAGACGACAAACAGACAUGUGAGGCUCUCAUAACCAAUCUCAAUCAGAAGGUCAAAGAACUCUCAGGUCAGGACCCCCAGGGGUCGGAGCAACGACCUUCUGACCCCUCUCAGUCUGAAUCUGAGCUGACCCUUGUGACUGGUGAAAGUGACCUUGACAGUCUGCCCCAGGGAGGUGCGGAGGAUGGAGUUCAGGUCAGGAGACACAUCUCGUACCGCAGGCCACAGUCUCCCACGGACUCGAGCGUCGCAUCGGACCUGAGUUCAUCGGUCAGGGAAGGCUGGACGUCGGAGACGGAGCUGAGCAGCGAUGGAGGGUUCUUGACCGAGGGCAAGCAGUCAUUGCUGGAGAACUCUGAUGCUGUGAGCUUUGAUGGGGAAUACGAUGACUCUAUCAUGUUUGCUGGUAUCAAGGAGAAAUUCCCUGAAGCAGCAGAUGCAUUCAAGCAGCAGUUGAACCAGUUUGAGAUGGUGAGGGCUGACUGGGAGAUGGAGAAACAGGCUCUGGAGGAGGUAGUCAUUAGGAUGAGAGAUCAACUCAAAGAGAAAGAUCGCAUCCUUCAAGACAUGACGGCUGAAAAGGGUCUAAUGGUGGUUCAUAAAGAACAUAGUGAAGACCUGGAAGAGAAGGUAAAAGCUUUGCAAGACAACAAUGCUAGUUUACUGAGAGAGAAGGAAACCGGCAAAAGAGCAAAUGAGGAGAUGGCGGAGAAGCUCAAGAGGAUAGAAGGAGAGAAGAACGACCUUGAUGCUUCGAUAUCACAGAUAACCAAAGCUAAAGAUGGGCUUGAGAACAGACUUCAUGAAGUAGAAUCCAGAUACAGUGCAAUAGAAGAAGAUAUGGAGACUAGCAGAGGGGACAUGGAGCAGGAACUUAACAGAACGAGAGAGGAGAAAGAACAGUUGGAGACGGAUUUAAAUCAGCUAGAUGCCCAACACCAAACGGCUCUAGAACAGAUUAUCUCCUCCAGGGAUAAGCUGAUCCAGGAGAUUAAGGAGAAGGAAUCACAGAUCAUGGAUGUGAAUGACAAGCUUGCGAAGCAGAGUGCAGAGCUUGAGCAGUCAGCAGCGGAUAAAGCAGCUCUCGAGUACGAGAUGGAGGAGAUGAGAGAGGACUUGAGUGCAAGCAGAGCUGACCUUUUAGACUCGGAGCAGAUGAAACAAGAACAAGCCGUCGCCAUGACAACUCUGCGGACAAAGCUGCAAGCCAUGCAGGAUGAGCACAAUGAAUCGUUGAAGGAGUUUGAUGAGUUUAGGCGGGAAUCCGAGCUAAACGUCAGCCGACGUGCGGCUUCAAAGCAAGAGGUAGAGAAGCAGAGGCAGGCAGAUGAGACUGACCUUCCAAGCAGGGAGGAUCUCCAGUCACAAAUCUUGGGACUGACGGAAAAACUACAAAGCUUGCAAUCAAAGGAACAAAGUGGUGUCUCUCCGACUGAGAGUGUUGCCUACCUCGAGCAUGAGCUGUCAAGGACACACCAUGAGAUAGAGGAGCUGAACAAGAGCAUCGAUGAGCGCGAUGCUAAACUCCAGGAGAUGAACUCGAACCACUCUGAGCACUCCAAGCGUCUGGAGCAGAAGGCUGCCGAGGUGACUGCAUUGGAGACGGAGAAUGAAAGAAUCCAGGAGGAGGUCAAGUCACGGGACGAGGUGUUGACCAGGUCACACAGUGAGCUCAUGAAGCUUCAGGCUGACCUUGCAGCCAUCAAGUCAGGUGCCGAGAGACGCGAGAACGCGCAGGAGCAGGAGAGGACCCAGGCAGAACAGCUCCAGAAGACCUGCGAUGACUUGAAUGCUGAAUUAAACUCCAAGAAGGAACUGUUGGAAUCUGUGAUAGAGAGCAAGAAAGAGUUGGAAGACUUGAUUGAACAGAAAGAAGAAGAUGUUAGAGCGCUUGCUGAUGAGAAUUCUCAUUAUUUCAGGAAUGUGGAAAAAUCAAAAGACAAAAUUGGAGAACUCACUGCUAAGGUCAAGGAACUGGAGAAUGUAGAUAGGCAGCUCCAAGAAACAAAGGAAAAGUUUGAAAAGUUGACUGGUGAAUUAGAACAAACAAAAUCAGAAUUGAGCAAAAUGUCUUCUUCUGGAGAAGAACAUUUAGAAACCACACAUACUUUGAAGGAAGAAGUGAAUAAUCUUAAGAAAAACCUUGCGCAACAUCAGGAAUCGACAGGAGUAGAGAAAGAAAAUCUUCAAACAAAAGAAGAUGAACUCACAGAAGAACUAAAGGAAAGCACACAGAAAAUAAGUGAAUUGAAUGAGGAAUUACAUGCUGCAGAACUAGAGUUGUCUGGUGUCCAAGCAGAAUUGGAAUCUGUCCAAAAGACAAUGGCAGCUCAAGAAACUCAAUUGUCAGAAUCCAAUGAGAGAAUAAAUGUGAAAGAGGCAGAAAUUAGUCAACUGAAAAGCCAGAUUGAAUCUUUGAGAGACCAGUCGAAGGUCGAUGAAAGCAGCGCUGAUGCUGUAGACCAGCUUCAGACGGACCUAAUUGAGAAGAGUGCAAUAAUUAAUGAACUCCAGAAAGAGUUAGAAGUGAGUCGUGCUGGGUUGGAAAGUCAGCUUCAAACAUUCCAGGAAAGCAUUCAGAAUAAGGACAAUGAAAUCAGUCGAUUAGAUUCAUCACUGACUCAGCUGAGAAAUCAGAAAAAGUCACUUGAUGAGUCUCUCGUUGAGUAUGAGAGUCAGAUCGAGGACUUACAAAGGACCAACCUGCAGAAGGACGAAGAUGUAAACAGACUGCGUGAGGAAGUCGGAAACAUUACCACGCAGCUUCAACAACCGGCUAAACAACCCCUGCAGAAUGGUGAAAUGAAUAUCAGUGUGUCUGAAAGGAUAGAAGAUGCAUUGCCACCUUCAAGCCCUUUCAGUAAAUCCCCAACGGGUGUCUUCCAAGGUCAAGAUGGCUCCAUCAGUGACAACGAAAAGCACUACGAGAAAAUCAUCCAGGAGAGGGAGAAGGAGAUCAGUAUGCUACAACAUGAACGGCAAAGUCUCCUGACCAGUCUGAGUGAGAAGUCUACCUCAACUAUGGGUAACAGUGUCCUUGUGGACCUCCACAAGAACCAGAUGAAAGUGAAGACCCUGGAGUCUGAACGACAUCAGAUGAUGACUGUCUUAAACGAGAAGACAAGGGAGGCAAGCAACCUCAAGAAUGAAGUCCACAAGCUUGUGAAGGUUAUAUCAGCUCAGAAGUCUGCCCUGGAGAAAGCACAAGAGGAUGUCAAGGAGCUGCACAAUGCGUCCAGAGGACCAAGGGACGACAUGCAGAAGGAGGCCUUACAUAACCUCUCACGCAUCAUCCAGGAUAAGGACCUUGAGAUCGAAGCCUUGAAGCAGAAGAACACCUCUUUGCUGGAAGUUCUGCAGUCAGAGGCUCCAAGCAACAGUUCUCAGAUCUCAGGUGUGCUCUCUGAGAGUGAAAAACUCCAGAAGGAAAAUACCGUCCUGAAGGAGGAGAGAGAUCAACUUGUGGUGAGCAUUCACCAAAAACACCAAGAAAGCUUGGCUUAUUAUGAAGAGGUGCAGAGACUUGUGGGUAUCGUCAACGGAGAGGUACAAAAACACAGCGACUUAGAGAAACACCAUGGUGCCCUCCAAAGUAAAAUGGAUGAAUUGACCGAAUCUAUGAAUCAAUCAAAAAUGGAAUUAAAUGAGUCUUCCAGGGUGACGGGAUCAUUAGAGGAAGAACUAGAGAUUCAGAAGCAAUUAGUUGAAGAGUUGGAAAAUCAGGUUCAGUUGCUGGAUGACUCAGGAACAGAAAUGACUAAGAGGAUGGAGGAGUUGGAAAAACUGGAAGCAAGUAAAACCAAUGAACUUGGUGAGAAAGAAAAUGAACUAGCACAUCUGCAGCAUAUGCUUGAUGAAUUGAAGACAAGACGAGCACCUAUUAUAGAGGAGACUGUUGUGAAGGCAGAGAUGGCUCCUGUACAGCUAAGUGCUCCACCAGUGCAAUAUGAACAGAAGAUGCAGGAGAAGGAUGCAGAGAUUGCCGACCUCCGGUCACGUCUGCAACCACAACAGGUCACUCCUCAGGUCUCUGAAGAUAUGGUGAGUUUGAAAGAACAUGACGGAGAGCUUGCCAGUGUCAAGGACCAACUUGAAUCUCAGGGUCAUGCGUUACUGGAAAUGGACGGACUUGUCAAAGACAGAAGCAUGGAGCUGGAGCAGAAGAAACUGGAGAUUGCCACACUGAGGCAACAGAUUGACCAGCAAGAUCAGGCCAUCCUAGAUCAGAAUGCAACCCUUCAGAAGCACACCAGCGAUCUGCAGCAAUUGCACGUGGACCUGAAGGCGAAGACGGAAGAGGCGAACACGUUGCGCCAUCACACCCAGCAGAUCUCCAUGCGUUUACAGGCCGUGGAGCAGGAACUGGCACGGGCACACCAGGAGAUCACCAACCAACAGCACAUGGUGCUCAAUAAGGACGGUGAGCUCCGACAGCUCCAGGACCUCAUGAGCAGGAUGAGUGCCGAGGUGAGGGAGAAGGACUUUGAAUUAACAGCAUUGCGGGACAAAUGUAAGACUCUUGCUAAGCUGGUGGAUGAUAAGGACACAGAUGUUCAAGGAGAAGUCCGCAGGUUGCUUGGUGAAGCCGAGGCGAUGCAGACACAAGCACAACGUUUCCAGCAGGAGAGGGACCAGGCAAUGAUGGCUUUAGAGAAAUGUCAGAGAGACCUUCUACUACUGCAGGAAGAGGCUGCGAUGCGCGGAGGAAACGAACAGAAGUUAAUGCGUGAGCUGGAGAGAUUGCGAAAUCACUUGAUUCAGAUGGAAGAUACCUACACACAGGAGGCACUUCAAGCAGAAGAGAGAGAGAAAGAGUUGAGAAACAGACUCAGUAUGGCAGAAGAACAUGCCCAUAGCAGCUCCUCAGCUGUGCAGAGUGUUAGUAAGGAAGCAAGUGCGCAGAUAGACAGUCUUCAGGACCAACUCGGUGCCAUGAAUGAACAGAAAGACCACGCCUUGAUGCAGCUGUCUAUGGUCCAGUCGGAAUCAGAAGAAUACAUCCUGUCUCUUGGCAACCUCCAAAUGGUUUUGGAACAGUUCCAACAAGAAAAAGAAGCCUCCAUAGCAGCCGAAGUAGAGGUAUAUGAACUAAAGGCCCGAGAGAAGCAACGUAUUGCUGCAGAUCUACUCAAACAGAAUGUUGAUCUACAGGAGAGAUUGUCAUCUGCCCAGGAAUCAUUAGACAUAGCAUCACGUCUGAGUGAACAACUAGAUAAGAAAGAAGAAGCUAUGGAAAGACUCAGAGCUGAAAUGUACAAGAAGGAAGAAAUAUUGGAAGAGUUUCAGCGGAGAUUUGAUGAGGUGUCUAGCAGCAGCGAGACCAAGGUUGACCAGCCUCUAGUGAAGAAUCUAUUCAUGAACUACCUGUCAGCACCUCAGCCCAAGAAACAAGAGAUGAUGAAAGUGAUUACUAAUGUUCUCAACUUCUCACCAGAAGAUAUGCACAAGGCUGGUCUUAGUUCUGGAGCUGGUGGAUGGUUAAGUGGUUUCUUCAAUCGCUCUCCUCACCCCACUCCCCCUGCUACACCUACCAAAGCUAAUGUAUCUUUCAGUCAGCAAUUCGUUCAGUUUCUGGAGUCCGAGUCGACACCGAAGCGCAGCCCUCGUCUGCCAGUAGAUGAGAUGAGCCAGGACAGACACCAUCAUCCUGCUUUUAAUCCAUUCUCCGCUCCUGUACCUCAGCAAUCCCCCUUCAUCCAGCCAGGCUCCCCCGUGGGGAGUGGGGUAGGUACACCUAAAGGCCCAGGGGCCGCCCACCCCUUCCUCAAGGCUACCGGACAGCCAGCCACGCCCAUUGGAGCAUUACAGCCAGUGAUAGCCUCGGCUGGGGUGUCAGCGGGAAAUCCCCUAGGAGCCGCCGCCCAUUCCUUCCCGAGCAUGCCUGCAUUCACUCCUGUACCGGUGAGAGAGGGCGCUACACCUGGUCGAGGGUCACCUAGAGGUCAGGCUGCCGUCCUAGGUGAUAUACUACAAUAGACAAGGGACAUGGACAUUCACUUUCAACUCAAAGUUCAUUGACAUACAGGAAUAUACAUGAAGAUUGCUGUCAUGAACGUGAAAAUUGUGAUCCCUCAGUCACACCUAUGAUACCGACAUCAGAAUGACAACAGACAAAACAAAACAUUGCAUGAUCUCUUAUUGUUAAACUAUGUUGGUUUGGAGUCGGUGUGGAGUCACUUUGGCUGUGUGACCGACGUAGAAUUUGUUGCUCUUCUGAAGCUACCGGAUAAUGGUCCCCCAAGUGAAUUGUACAGUGGACGUUCAGGGUGCUACACUUGAUACUACACAAUUUAGCAACAUUGCUCUGUUCAGUUGUUGAAAAUGCCAUGUUAGAAUAUAAUUACUGUUUGUAACUUCUGUAUUUAUUUCCCCUUUUAAGUUUAAUUAAAUGUUCACAUUUUAAAAUUCUUUAAAGUACCUACUUGUAUGUAUCUUUUAAAUCUAAUACAGAUUGCCACAUAUAUGUACUUUCCAAUAAAUUUCUGUUUUAAUUUUUUACCUUCCAAUCGCUAAAAUUUAAUUUGCCUUUUACUUAUGGUAUUAAUGGUUAAACAAGCAAAAUAUCUGUCUUGUUCUCAUGUAUAACCAAGUUACUUCAACAAACGUUCUUUGAUUUUAUAGACGCUGUAAAGGGUCGUUCAGAUGUUUAUGACAUUGCAAAACCAGGGUGUUUUUUUUGUGAUGAUGUAAAAAGUGAAACAAUUUCUCUAUCUCAGUGAUUACACACAAGUCUUUUGUUGUGCGCUGUAGCCGUUCAUUUUACACGUUAACAAAAAAGUGGCUGCUUUUUUGCAACUUUUUACCGCGCCACAUCUCAACGAACCUUUAUAGAAGAUGCUUUGCAUCGUGUGGUCAACAAAGGGUCUGUAUGAUUUAAACCUGCAUUUGAGUCAAUUGUUUUGUCAAUAGAAAGAGUCAUUUUCAUUAGCCAUUUACUGCCAAACGAAUAUGAGAUCUAAUUUCAUCAGGUAAUUCAACAUUGUGUGUGGCUUUUUAGGUUAACACUAUUCAACAAGACAUUUAAUUGUUCACUGAGUAUGUAUUAAGAAUAUAUAUCACUUCUACAAAGUGAUAUUUGAAGCUCAUUUGGUGAAUAUAAUAUAACCACAUGGAAUCCCUAACACCAAGAGCAAAACAUGUUAUGUAAACUGUAUAUGAGUUCAGGCUCCAAACUGAUGAUUUUCUCUUUGUUAAGUCUUUAAGGCUUUGAUGCUCCAAAUUUGAAUGUCAUUAUGUUGUCUCAGCAAAGAGAAAGCAGGAGUUAGAUUAUAUUUGCGUAUUGUAAAGACUAUCAAAUUUCAUUGUUUAGUGACUCCGUUUGAAGAGGCUAAUUUUUCUAAUUAUUAGAUAAUUAUUUCUUUAUUGACCAAGAAUUACUGGAAAAAGAUUUAGCGUUGAUGUAACUUGCCAUUAAAUUGAAUUGUAUAUCUGGAUAUGGCUCCUACAUAUGAUAUGUUCAUUUCAUCUUCUUCUUUAUCUUCAUCUGAAUUCUGUUGUGCAAUUUUGAGAGCUUGAGGCAUAGAAUUAUUACAUUGUUUAUUGUGAAUAUAAAAGACAAAUAGUUUGAUUAUUUUGCUAAAUGUAGUAAGUGGGAAUGUUUUUUUGUUUGUAAUUUUAUAUCCUGGGCCCUGUCUUUCAAAGAGUUGAUAUUAAAUAAUCAUAACUUAUUUCAGAUUGAUAUCUAUCCUAACUAUGUACGUAAAAGAUAUUAGUUUGCAAACUUGGGUUUGAUCCAAAUCAAUCGCAACUCUUCAUUAGACGGGGCUCAGAUAUUUAUUUUUGGCAUUUUCAUACUUGUUUGUAAUGAGAAUGGAAUUGUGCUUCUUGAAAUAUACUGUAAUUGUUUUAUUUUAUCAACAUGUAUUGUAAAAAAAGUGUUUACUUUAGCUCUUCUUCACUGUUUCAAUGUUUCCAGUUAUGAUAGACCGGAAGAAUCUCUAUAACUGCAUGAUACUUUAAAAGGAUUUCCUGUCACUGAAUGUAAUAAAUCAUGAAUUUAAUAGAUAUAAAGGUAAUGAACCCAUGAAAAUAAUUUCUAGCAACAGAUUUACUUUAUAAAAUUGUCAAAGGCUGUUUCUAAUUUGCUGCACGGUCUCUAUUUACACAAUGAAAACUUUCUUAUCUUCAUGGUUUUAAAUAUUAUCCAAAAUUCAAACACUGUAAUCUUUUAUGGCAAUACCCAUGAUUUCUUUUCCUUCAUUCAAUUUGUGUAUAUUAUUUGCUAGCGUUGUAGGUGAAAUGCUGAAUCAAAGUUCUACUUAGGUAAUAAAAUUCCUUUAAUUAAAUGAUUUGAGCCAGUCUUGCUUAUAUUUAGGAUUGUUGUAUAACCCUUUACUUGGUACAUUAUACUGGUAUAUCCUUCGAAAAUUAAUUUUCAUUUUCAUGUCAUGUUGACGAUUAAGAAGAAGUAUACUGAUUAUGAAAAUUUGUAUCCUUGUUUUAAAUACUUAAAAAGAAUUACACUGUGUAUGUAUUUUCUACCCACUUUUUCACAUACUUAACUGAUUAUUUCAAACAUGUUUUCAUUUUUUAAAAUUUGGAUACAGAAUUGGACAUGCACUAAGAGCUCAAUGUGCUACAUGUAUACUUUGAUUUUGGGGUGAAAAUUUGUUUAUGUUGAACUAGAAUGAUGCCUUCCAAUACCUAGGAUAAAAUUAAUUUCUUAUUUGUAUGAAUACUUAAAGAUGUAAUAAGUGGUAUGAAUGUCCAUAGAGAAAAGAUUUUCUUGUGUUUUCAGGGUUCUAAGAUAUUUCUAGCGCUGCUAGAUUCUGGCUGACUUAGAAGAGUGUUUCUCAUUGAAAUGUGUACUAAAAGGACCUGCACAUUAAUACCACUUGCCUCUAAAGACCUUGUCUCCCUUGAGUGGUCUUAUAUAUACAGGUUUCACUGCAUCUUGGUAAUUUUAUGAUAUAGAUUGUGCUCUGUUUCAUCGAUAUUUCCUCGAGAAAAGUCUGGCCUGAAAUCAUAUAUCUCUUAGAGUAUGUAGCUUAGGUUCAUAAUGUAAUAUGCAUUUAAGACAUUGUUGCUACAUGUAUGCAGAGAAACCUUUGGCAAGCUGUUUGGUCGUCCUGAUCAACAUUUUGUUAGUGAAGCUUACAAAGAACAUUAUGAUGAAAAGAGUAGUUUAAUUGUCGCUCAGUUGCAGAUCAUAUGUAGCUCAUGAUUAUACUUAAACAAUUUAUGAUUCUUUAAUUGUUAUCAACAUACAGUCUAAGUGAGUAAAAUGUAGUACUAGCCAUUAUAUUUGUUUGUAUAUUUAGCAGGGUUUUCCCAAUUGAUAUUCUUAAUUUGCAAUGCUGAUGCCAGUAGAUGGUAUUAGGCCUCGAAUCAGAGCUGAGUGCCUAUGAUUUCUAGUAAAAUAUUUCCAUCAAAUGUUGGAUAUUUAUACAACAAAUUGAUAUUGUACAGAAAUAGAUGAUACAUUUUUAAAGAAAUCUAUAUUAGCAUA